CGGCGAGAAUCCGGAUUCCUGCAAAAGAAAUUGAAUUCGGCCCAUUUCCCAAAAGUCGAAAAGCUAGUUUGUAUCGUGUCGGGGACCCUACGAAUGGGACUGGUCUGAUUUGGGGACUUCGGAAAUCGCUUUCUAGUCGAACUCAACUUAGGGGGUGUGUGUUAGGGUUAGGGUUUAUCAUUCGUGUGAUAUCAGGUGAGCGCUCCCUCCGCGCCAGCUCCCUCCGUCGCAGACAACCGUCGGCCUCCCCGUUGCAAAUUUACAAUGGCUGCCUACGGCAUGAUCACCGCCUUCCAAGCGUCUUGCCUAAGAUCCUCUUACUCCGGAGCCCAUCUAUGCAGACUGCCGCCAUCAUCAUCAUCAUCAUCAGUUGGGUUUCUCUCUCUGUCUUCACCAGCAUCAUCAGCUGGUAAAAUUUCGCAGAGCCGGCGCGUGUUGUCUUCGGAGCAGGAGGCCGCCGGAGGAGGAGGUCUGACGUACAAGGAUGCUGGUGUAGAUAUAGAUGCUGGAACGGCGCUUGUUGAUAAAAUUAAAGCCAUGGCUCCUGAAAUUGGAUCCUUUGGGGGUAUUGUCCAUGAUGAGAUACUCCGCGAAAAAGACGUAUGCCUUGUUCACGGGACGGAUGGCGUUGGAACUAAACUUAAGCUUGCUUUUGAGACUGGAAUUCAUGACACCAUUGGUAUUGAUUUGGUAAUCUACCACCUCCGCUUCUUGUAUACAUAUUAUUUUCUAUUGAUAAUUGCUUUUCCAAUGCCCCGACUAUAUUCGUUCUAUCGUUCGUUCAACUCUCAGGUUGCCAUGAAUGUCAAUGAUAUCGUUACUUGUGGGGCGAAGCCAUUAUCUUUCCAGGAUUACUUUUCUACAAGCCGCCUUGAUGUUGAUAUCGCUGUCAAGGUUAUACAAGGUAUUCGCGAUGGUUGCCAACAAUCUGGCUGCAGCUGUAAACUUUCAGGCGGAGAGACUGCAGAGAUGCCAGAUUUUUACAAAGACGGCGAGUAUGACCUGGGCGGCUCUGCUGUUGGAGCUGUGAAAAAGGAUUCGAUCAUUGAUGGGAAAAACAUUGCUCCCGGAGAUGUCAUCAUUGGCCUGCCGUCCAGUGGGGUUCAUUCCAAUGGUUUUUCUCUUGUGAGAAGGGUUCUUGCUGAUACUGGGGUUUCUCUCAAGGACCAACUGCCUGGUGGAGAAGGUGUUACAUUUGGCGAAGCUUUGAUGGUCCCGACUGUGAUAUAUGUUAAUCAGGUCCUUGACUUAAUAAGCAAGGGAGGUGUCAACGGAGUAGCUCAUAUCACAGGGGGUGGUUUCACAGAAAAUAUACCCCGAGUGUUCCCGAAAGGCCUAGGAGCGGUCAUUUAUAAAGACUCAUGGGAAGUCCCACCAGUUUUCAAAUGGAUCCAGAAGGCCGGAAGAGUAGAAGAGGCUGAGAUGAGACGGACUUUUAACAUGGGAAUUGGCAUGGUUCUUGUUGUGAGUCCGGAGGCAUCCCACAGGAUACUUGAAGAGGAUGGGAAUGGAGCUGCUUAUAAAGUAUACCGCAUCGGUGAGGUUGUAAGCAGUCAUGAAGGAGUGAUUUAUGUAUAGUUGAUUUUAGGUCAAUUUAACUUGUGACCGUAUCAUGAAUGUUAACUUUGUGACUCUAUCUUGCGAUUGACGAACCCCUGCACAAAUUUAAGCAGAGAAUUUAUGGAUUCUAUUAACGAAUAUUGUUGUUUCCUAGACA